AUGACGGGCGCAGAUGAACAAGACCAAUCAGGUCCCCACGCGCCUUUGCUCGCCUCAUCCCACGCCUCUUUAGACCAUGGUGACAAUGACCACGAUGAGAGCUUGGCCUCUGAGCUGGAAUACUCAGGAGGCUGGUUUAUAUGGGCGUUGACCUUCUCCGCUGGGAUAAGCGGUCUACUAUUUGGAUAUGACACAGGUGUUAUCUCGUCUACUUUGGUGACCAUCGGGUCAGAUCUUUCAGGCCGGCCAUUGACAACUCUCGAUAAAAGCCUUAUCACAUCCUGCACCAGCCUGUUUGCAUUGAUCGCGAGCCCGUUCACCGGAGUGCUGGCGGACAAGUUCGGUCGUCGGAAAGUCAUACUUGGUGCCGAUCUGUUGUUUGCAGUUGGAGCGUUGGUACAGGCCUUUACAAGCCAGGUUUGGGGUAUGAUUCUUGGCCGCAGCAUUGUUGGUCUUGCCGUUGGUAGUGCUAGUGCGGUGACCCCAUUGUAUAUCUCCGAGUUGGCUCCUUCGCACGCAAGAGGAAGACUUGUCACGAUCCUCAGCCUGUUCAUUACCGGUGGCCAGGUGGUGGCAUAUAUAGUCGGGUGGUUGUUUUCCAGUACAACGGGAGGCUGGCGGUGGAUAGUGGGAAUCGGGGCAUUCCCGGCCUUCUUCCAACUUGCUAUUCUCGCCCUGCUACCUGAGACGCCUCGAUGGCUAGUCCAGGCUGGAUUCGAUGCUCGGGCGAAGACAGUCCUGACCAAGAUCUACCAGGAUUGCUCUGGCUGUGACCAGGUGGUGGAUCGUGUCUUGCGCAAUAUCAGCGCAGAAAUCGUUCAGGAGGCCUCGGAGCUGGGACAAAUCAAGUCCCGUGGCACAAAGCCCCAGUGGUUACAUGAUACCCUCCAGCGGGGUCAGCAGUUGUUGCAGGGUGGAAACAGAAGAGCGUUGAUCAUAGCGAUGAUGCUCCAGGCAGUCCAGCAGCUUUGUGGAUUUAACAGCCUGAUGUAUUUUUCGGCAACCAUUUUCUCCUCACUUUCGUUCUCCUCGCCGACACUAACGUCACUCUCGGUAGCUAUGACGAACUUCGUCUUCACGCUGUUUGCAUUUGUGCUGAUUGACAAGAUCGGUCGCCGGCGUAUUCUUCUUUAUUCAAUUCCUAUCAUGGUGGUUGCUCUGGUCGUCUGUGCUUUCUCGUUUUCAUCGAUGGACGACAAAUGGAAUUCACAGCCUCCAACUGGCCGUCAAGAAAACGACGAUAGCCCUAGUUCUCUUCUACCUCUUGCCAUUUUGCUCUGUCUCACUGUCUAUACUGCAGCAUAUGCCCUCGGACUUGGCAAUGUCCCCUGGCAGCAGUCUGAACUCUUCCCUCUGAACGUACGUUCUCUGGGGUCAGGACUGGCCACCGCAACUAAUUGGGGAUCGAACUUUAUCAUCGGUCUCACUUUCUUGCCUAUGAUGGAAUGGAUCUCACCCUCAUGGACGUUUGCUCUCUAUGCACUCGUUUGUGUGGUUGGGUGGGCUGCUGUCUUCGGAUCGGAGUCCGCCAUCUGGAGAGACCGCUUUGGUAAACACUACGACAUUGUCCCGGGAAAAACUUCUGGGGAUUUGAAGAUCGAAUACCAGAUCCGCGCGCUUGUGCUGAGGUCCUCGAUCCAAUUCAAAGAGAAGGAAGAUGAACAGCAAUACGUCUGGAUGGAGGUCAUUCAAAGUAUGCUCAAAGAGGCUCUGACACUUUCCAUCGCUCCUGGAGACACCCCAAAGACCUUGCAACGUAUACAUGAGACCCUCCAAAGGGUAAAUUUCCUAUGCGAGUUUCAGAACCACCAAACUCCCUCGCCACUCUUUUGUGCUCUCCAGCUGUGCCUAAGCUCAUUUGCUCUCAACCCAGACCUCACCCUACCGUGUCGUCGAACCGACUACAACCUGAAAGAGGUCUAUUCAUAUGGAGACGAGGUGGGCGAGCCAUUCAUCGACCACGAGAACCUUGACCUCGCCAGACUGCUGGACAUUCGCCAUUUCUGGCAGCGUCACGUCUUACACCCUGUCGAGUUGUCCUUCCAAGAGGACUUCUCUGAGCUCCCUGAAUAUGUGAAGCCCAAAGUGCGAAAGGAGAUUCCAACCGAGGCAUCCAAAUUAAGCCCAUCGUGGCUAGGAUACUACUCGUGCAUUCAUCCUGUGUCAGACCUGCUGAAGAAGCCCGACCGCCAGACAUGCGCUGAUCUCGAGAUACACGGCGAGGUGAUCGACCCAAUGGCCCUUGACCUCAAACCCUCCGAACAUUUCUGGCCCAAGCAAUGCAGCAAGAUCAUGCCCCUCGCUGGCGGUCCCGAUACCAAGCGAACAUAUUUUGAGGGCAAGCAGAGAGCCUAUAGUAGCCCCGAUGAGGCAGGAAGCCAUGUGUUUGGGUUUACCGAAGAGAUUGCUGGCCCACAUGGUGGCUUUGAGGGAUGGAUGCGGAUCUGUUUUAUCCUCGCCGAAGGGGAUGCGGAUGAUGAGGACGAUGAGGACGACGAGGAAAAGACUCCCUCUCUCCUGAUGGAGGGCGAGGGGUGGAUCCAUGGCUAUGAAGGUGCCAUCAUUCCUGGUGGACGCGUGAUGCUGGGACGGUGGUUGGAUAUGAAGGCAACAUAUGCCAGAGGCCCAUUCAUCUUCUGGGACGUGUGA